UAGGGCUUCUGUCGUUUCCUCUCUCCACAAUGGUCUUCGAGUCUUUAGUCAGCGAUCUUUUAAACAGGUUUAUCGGAGACUAUGUGGAAAACCUGGACAAGUCACAGCUCAAAAUUGGUAUUUGGGGAGGUAACGUGGUCCUAGAGAAUCUGAGAGUAAAGGAGAAUGCUUUGAGUGAGCUGGAUGUGCCCUUUAAAGUGAAGGCCGGUCAAGUUGGGAAACUGACUUUAAAGAUUCCCUGGAAGAACCUCUAUAAUGAAGCUGUGGUUGCUACAUUAGAUGGUCUGUACCUCCUUGUGGUUCCUGGAGCAACCAUUAAAUAUGACGCCGCCAAGGAAGAGCGCUACCUACAGGAGGCUAAACAGAAGGAGCUCCAGCGUAUUGAGGAUGCUGUACAGCUGGCCGCACGCAGGGAAAAGCCUCAGGAGGAGAAGAAAGACACAUUUGCAGAGAAACUGGCCACACAAGUAAUCAAAAACCUGCAGGUGAAAAUCACCAGUAUUCACAUCAGAUACGAGGAUGACAUGUCAGAUCCUCAGAGGCCUCUCUCCAUGGGAGUGACUUUGGCUGAACUGAGCUUACAGACAGCAGAUGAGAACUGGAGGCUGUGUAUUCUCAAUGAAGCUGCCAAAAUCAUUUACAAGCUGGGUCGUCUUGAGUGUCUGUGCGCGUACUGGAAUGUCAAUAGCCCCAUCUUCUACAGAGGCUCAUGGGAGGAGAUAGUGGAGAAGCUGAAAGUGGGAAUCAGUGCCAAAGACCAGGAAGUGAAAGACUACCAAUACAUUUUCAAACCAAUCUUUGCCUCUGCAAAAAUGUGUAUCAACCCUAAUGCUGAGAUUGAAUUGAAAUCACCCAAAGCACAACUUCACCUGGAGGUCCAAAACAUUGCCAUUGAGAUGACCAGACCUCAGUACCUGACUAUGGUAGACCUGCUGGAAAACGUAGACUGCAUGGUGAAAAAUGCUCCCUACAGGAAGUACAGACCAGAUGUCGUGGUCCAUGGACACAGCAGACGAUGGUGGAUGUACUGCAUUAACAGCGUGUUGGAGGUCCAUAUCAGGCGGUUUAACCAGAUGUGGAGUUGGACAAACAUCAGAAAGCACAGGCAGACACUGAAGACCUACAAGGCUGCAUAUAAGACCAAGCUCACACAGGGUAAAGUCAGGGAGGACACAGAGAAACAUAUCCAGGAGCUGGAGAAAGCUCUGGAUGUGUUUAACAUCACCUUGGCCAGACAACAAGCUCAGAUGGAGGUGGUGCGGUCAGGGCAAAAGGUGGUUGGAAAAAAGACAGCAACACAGAAACAGGGAGGAGGUGGGUUCUUCAGCAGCCUGUUUGGUAAGAAAGAAGGGAAGAAAAAGGAACAGGAAGAAGAGGAAAAAGAACCAGAAAGCAUAGAUGCCAUAAUAACACCUGAGGAGAAGGCUAAACUCUACACAGCGAUUGGCUACAGUGACAGCUCUCACAACCUGGCCUUACCCAAAAAUUAUGUAGCGGUGAUCGUCAACUUUAAGCUCCUCCAGACAUCACUGACCAUUCGUGAGGAGGCCAAUGUACCAGAGACCCUGAAGGUCCAGAUGAUUGACCUCAGCACCUCCAUUUCCCAGAGACCAGGAGCCCAGGCCAUCAAAGUGGAGGCCAGUCUGGAGCACUGGUAUGUCACUGGUCUGAAGCAGCAGGGUGAAGUGCCGUCUCUAAUAGCGUCUGUAGGAGACUCACGCUCAUCCCUGCUCAGUGUCCUCUUUGAACUGAACCCUGAAAACAGCACAGCUGAUCAGCUUCUCAGGGUCCACUCCCAGCCUGUGGAGAUUAUUUAUGAUGCGUUAACUGUAAACAGCAUGGUGGAAUUCUUUAAGACUGGUAAAGGAGUUGAUUUAGAGGUCAUCACCUCAGCCACUCUCAGCAAACUGGAGGAGAUCAAAGAGAAGACAGCCACUGGUUUGUCUCACAUUAUUGAAACGCGUAAGGUUCUGGAUCUCCAAAUCCAUCUGAGGCCGUCCUACCUGCUGCUGCCCAAAUCAGGUUUCUAUGACAAGAAAUCUGAUCUGAUGAUAAUUGACUUUGGUAGUUUACAGUUGAAUAGUGUGGAUCAGGGCAGCCAUCAGCCAGUGUCGGCCAGCUUUUCCUCUCUGGAAGAGAUCAUGGACAGAGCAUAUGAGAGAUAUUCACUGGAGCUGCACAGAGUCCAAGUGCUCUACAGCAAAUCAGGUGAGACAUGGGAAAAUGCCCGUUUGCAGGACUCCUCCAUCCAGCACAUUCUCCGCCCAAUGGACGUAAAUCUGCAGCUGGCCAAGUGUAUGGUGGACAAAGAUGCUCGCAUGCCCAGGUUCAAAGUGUCAGGAGAGCUUCCGUUACUCCACGUGAAGAUCUCGGAUCAGAAGAUCCAUGGGGUACUGGACUUGGCUAACAGCAUCCCACUCCCCCGUAUGUCCUCCACACCACCUGCUACUCCCGCUGAGAAGGUGCCAGCUAAGUCUUUAUCUGACACCAGGCCAAGGGUGUUGAGCUUAGACGCAUCAGCUCUGCUGGAUGUCAUGGAGACAGAAUCUGACGAGGACACAAGUGAGAGAUCUUUGGAUGAUGAUGGUCAGAAGUCAGCUUUAGAAGAGCUGACUGAAGUACACUUUAAGUUUGAAGUUAAAGCUGUGCUGUUGGAGCUGACGAGGGAGGUGGCUCAGGAGGACACUGUGCUGGCUCUCAGUGUGUCUCAGUUGGGGGCAGAGGGCAAGAUGAGAACAUACGACCUUUCCAUCACAUCCUACCUACGCAAGGUCAACCUGGACUACUGUGAGAUCAGAGGAGCCCAAGGCCAGCCUCUGCACCUCAUUAGCUCAUCAGAAAAACAUGGAUCUGAUCUCCUGAAAGUUGAAUACAUCAAAGCUGAUGUUGCUGGCCCAAGCUUCCAGACUCUGUUUGACAACACAGAGCAGACACUGAAGGUUGAAUUUUCCUCCCUGGAUUUCCUGUUGCAUACUAAAGCAUUGCUGUCUACAAUUAACUACCUGAACUCAGCCGUACCUCAGGAACUGACCACUGGCCGUGACAAAGAGACGAAGAAACAGGCCGAGAAGGCUCGGACAGGAAAGACAGUCUCUACUGGUUCCAGAGAGCCCAGUGUGGUGAACUUUAAGCUGUUUGCUAUGCUGGAAGCGUUCAGAGUCACAGUCUGUGAUGACAGGAGCAGCAUCGCUGACAUAAAGGUUCAAGGAAUCGACGCAUCUGUGGUGGUCCGGCCCAAAGAGACAGAGCUGUUUGCCAGGCUCAGAGACAUUGUAGUCAUUGAUGUCGAUCCCAGAACUAUCCACAGAAAGGCGGUGUCAAUAGUCGGGGAGGAGGUGUUCAGCUUUAAGAUGAAUCUUUAUCCUGGGGCCACAGAAGGGGAGGGUUAUUCAGACACCUCAAAAGUGGAUGGGAAGGUGACACUGAGACUAGGGUGUAUCCAGAUCGUCUACCUUCACAAGUUCCUCAUGUCACUGUUGACAUUCGUAGACAACUUCCAAACAGCAAAGGAGGCUCUGAGUGCAGCCACAGCACAGGCAGCUGAGAAGGCAGCCUCCAGUGUGAGGGACUUUGCCCAAAAAAGUUUCAGACUCUCCAUGGACAUCAGACUGAAGGCUCCACUCAUCAUCAUCCCUCAGUCCUCUACAUCCCAUAAUGCCUUUGUAGUGGAUUUGGGUCUAAUUACUGUGGGUAACAGCUUCUCCCUGCUUCCUGUGGAGGGCCAACCACUGCCCGUUGUGCUUGAGACCAUGGAAAUUAAACUCACGCAGCUCAAACUGUCCAGGACAAAUUUGAAGCAUGAUGUUUCUCAGCAAGAUAUUGAAAUUCUGCAGCCCAUCAAUCUGGAGCUGUUGGUUGCACGUAACCUGGCUGCUUCAUGGUUUAAUAAGAUUCCUGGCGUGGAAGUCAAAGGUUGUCUCAAGUCCAUGAAUAUGGCUCUUGGUCAGGAGGACUUUGCUGUUCUGAUGAAGAUUCUAGUAGAGAACAUUGGAGAAGACACCAGAACAUCCACAUCUGAUGUGAAGAAACAAGCAUCUGAAAACAAAGGAGAGCUGAGUGAAGAACUUGAAACACCAUCCCUGGAGACAGGAAGUCAACCAGCAAUUACUAAUGGAGAGUUCAGUGAGAACACUGCUAAUGUUCUGCUCAAUUUUGAAAUAAAGGAGGUCAUGCUACAACUGAAAAAACACAAGGAUGGGAAAGAGUGCCCAUUUUUGGUCUUGCAAUUGGCUCAGCUUGGAAUAAAUACCAAAGUGCGCAAAUAUGACAUGGUGGCCACUACAUACAUCAAAACCAUCUCGAUGAAAUGUCUCGAGUUCUUGGAUUCAAACAGAGAACCGCUCAGUAUCAUCAGCUCCUCGGCAGAGUCAGGGGCAGAACUUUUAAAAGUGCAAUACCUUAAGGCUGACAGGAAUGGGCCCAGCUUCUCUACUAGCUACAAGAAUACUGAGCAGAUGAUCAGUGUGAUGUUCUCCUCCCUAGACCUGAUGCUGCACACUGAAGCUCUACUCUCUGCUAUGAACUUCCUCUCUGCUGCUUUCUCAUCCAGUAGCCUGCCCUCGCCAGACAAAGAGACCAAAAAGACAGAGGAAAUGAAAACUACCUCAGCUAAAUCAUCUGCCUUGAGUUCGCCAUCUGACAGUGAUGUCAUUGAUAUGAAGAUUGUCAUGCAGCUGGGUGCCUUUAAUGUGCUGCUGUGUGACCAGAGCUGUAACAUCGCUGACACUAAGAUCCAGGGACUCCGUGGCUCUCUCUUGGUACAAGGGACCCAAACACAUAUGUCUGCCAGUCUAAGGGACUUCAUUGUCAUUAAUGUCGAUGACAAAACCAUCCACAAGAAGGCCAUCUCAAUUGUGGGAGAUGAAGUGUUCAGUUUUAACAUGAGCUUAACACCCAAAGCCACAGAGGGAGCGGGAUACACAGAUACCUCAAAGGUGGAUGGCAAGGUCAAACUUAAUGUAGGCUGCAUCCAAGUGGUCUACCUUCAUAAGUUUGUCAUGUCGCUGCUGAAUUUCAGUAACAACUUCCAAACAGCAAAGGAGGCUCUGAGUGCAGCCACAGCACAGGCAGCUGAGAAGGCAGCCUCCAGCGUGAGGGACUUUGCCCAAAAAAGUUUCAGACUCUCCAUGGACAUCAAACUGAAGGCUCCACUCAUCAUUAUCCCUCAGUCCUCUACAUCCCACAGUGCCCUGGAGGUUGAUCUUGGACUUAUCACCGUUAGCAACAACUUCUCCCUGCUUCCUGUGAAAGAUCGCCCACUACCUGUCAUCAUAGACAACAUGGAUGUGGAUCUCUCUCAACUCAAGCUGUCCAGAAUCCAUGUGGGAAAAGAUCAGCCAAGCACAGAGCUGUUGGAGACUGUCAAUUUUGUCCUGUCCAUCAAACGCAAUCUUGCUGCUUCUUGGUAUCAGAAAAUGGCUUCGGUGGAGAUAGAGGGGGACCUGAAGCCCAUGAAGGUGGCUCUGAGUCAGGCUGACCUCGGAGUGCUACUGAGUAUUCUCAUGGAGAACAUCGGAGAGGCCAGCAGCAUCCAGACUGAUCCACAAAGCAGUCCAGAAAAUCCCCUCAAACAGGACAGCGCAUCUUUCAAAAGUCACACACAGACUGUGUCUACGAGCAGUGUGGAAAAGCGAGGGAAUGGUGCAACAGAGGAAGUGGAGCCACUGGAGACUGUCAAGUUCAGCUUUAACGUGGAGUCUCUGAGCUUGGUGCUCUACAGUAAUGAUCUCACACAGACUGCUGCCAGCCUUCAUGAUGAAAAUCUGUGCCUGGGAGAAUUCAAGCUCCACAGGAUGAAAGCCUCUGGAAAGAUUUUAAAUAACGACAGUCUGGAGGUCUCCACCAUACUGACUACCUGCACUUUACAUGACAGGAGAAGCGCUAUAAAAUUGGUCACCACCAGGAUGUUGGGGAAACGUGAUGAGGAGAGCACUGAGGCCAUGAUUGAUGUGACCUACACCCAGAACAAGAGCGGACGAUCAGUGGUCGCUGUGCUACAGAAGCUCUAUCUGUGUGCCAGCGUGGAGUUCCUCAUGGCUGUGGCUGAUUUGUUCAUUCAAGCCCUGCCUCAAGCCCCACCCACUCAAUCUGACAAGACCAAUCAGCUCCCACUGAAACAGAUCUCAGAGACAAAAAGCCAUGCCGAAUCUCGAGCAGCCUCGGGGGAGAAGAUUAAGUUACGGGCGGUGGUGGUGGACCCAGAGGUGGUGUUUGUGGCAAACCUACUGAAGGAAAACGCACCCGCAUUGGUGGCCUCAUUUCAGUGUGAUUUCAGCUUGGAGCUCGAUGAAGCUGGUCAGACCAUGAAGACCAACAUGAGAGACCUCAAAGUGCUCGCCUGCCCCUUCAUCAGGAACAAGGAGCAGAAGGCCGUCACCACCGUGCUGCGACCAUGUUCUGUUCUGCUGGAAACCAAAAUGCCGGCCAACUCCCCUCUGACUGGCUCAGUGACCGUAGAGGAGGUCAUUGUGAAAAUAUCCCCUGUCAUCCUCAACACCGUAAAGACCAUCACAGAGGCCAUGACACCUAAGCCCAAAGAUGAAGAGUCAAAGCAGAAGCCAGAAGACCUGAGCAAACUCUGGGAGGUGAUGAACAUCUACUCCUGUAACUACUGGUUCCUGGGGGUUGAGUCAGCCACAGAGGUGACGGAGAACUUCCGGGUGGUGGAUGGCAGUAAGGAGGGUGAAAACUUUAAGGUGGAGGUGAAGGUGGUGCAGGUGACACUGGAGUCAGGUCUUGGCCACCGCACCGUUCCGUUGCUCCUUGCCGAAUCUUCGUUGUCCUGCAGUGCCAGGAACUGGUCAUCACUGCUGAACAUGUCUGCUGACAUCACCCUGGAGGUGAAUUACUUUAAUGAGACACAUGCUGUGUGGGAGCCACUCCUGGAGAGAGUAGACAACGGGAAACGUAGGUGGAACCUCACGUUCGAGAUGAAGAAUAAUCCAGUUCGGGAGAAGAGCCCUGUUCCUGGAGAUGACUUCAUCAUGCUCCCUGAUCCUCGCACAGCUAUCAACAUCUGUUCUAAAGACACCAUGAACAUCACCGUCUCCAAAUGUGGCCUAAAUGUCUUCAACAACCUCGCCAAGGCUUUCUCAGAGGGAACGGCCUCUACAUUUGACUACUCUCUGAAGGAGAAAGCUCCAUUCACCAUCCGAAACGCGCUGGGAAUACCCCUCAUAGUACAGCAUAGUGCCAAUCUGCGGGUGGUUGACUCAUCUACACGUGGUAAACUGCAUGAAGUGGGUGUGGAUCAGAGCGUGGAUCUAGAAUAUUCUGUGUUUGAACCAUCGACACGAGGAAGACUUUCUGCCCUGCAGAGACAGGAAAGCUGUUUGUUCAACCUCAGCAUAGUGCCUUCAGGUUACAGUGAGAUCUCUAACAUCCCUCUGGAUAAGCCUGGUCGCAGACUCUAUAACGUUCGUGGCCCAAUGCUGCAAGAGGCUGUAUCUGUGCUGCUGCAAACUGAUGCCACAGAGGGCAACAAAGUCAUCACAGUGCGGUCUCCGCUACAGAUAAAAAAUCACUUUUCGGUGCCUUUUGCCAUUCUGAAGUAUUGCUCAGAAUUCGGUGGUCUGGUCAAUGUGGGCACGGCAGAGCCAGAGAAGGAGUCCCAUGUAGCCCUGGACUCAUACAGGUGUCAGUUGUUCUUGCUGCCUGUGGGUCAUCUCGAAGGACAAUAUCAGGAAUCAUCCACAUGCAUUUCGUGGAAGGAGCAGGUGCAUGUGAGUUCAGAGAUCCAGUCGGUCCUGCGAUGUCCAGCCACUGACAGCAGCUUCCUGCCCCUCGUGGUCAACACGGUGGCUGUGCCUGACGACCUACGUCACAUCUCCAACCACGGCGAGGAGGACUGGGACCCUGCUUAUGUGAUCCACCUGUACCCUGUUGUCACCCUCCGGAACCUUCUGCCAUACUCCAUACGCUACCUGCUGGAGGGCUCUCCAGAGUUCCACCAUGUGUCAGAGGGCAGCACCUCAGAUGUGCUGAAUGCUCGUAUAGGCGGUGAGAUCAUGGAGAUGGUCCUAGUGAAGUAUCAGGGGCGGAACUGGAACAGUCACGUGAGGAUCCUUGCAGACCUGCCUGAGUUCUUCCCUGUCUGUUUCACCAGCGACACCAGUGAGAAACUCACUGUUGACGUGAGCAUUCAUGUGUCUCGUACGGGAGGCAGGCUGGUCCUCUCUGUCUUCAGCCCGUACUGGAUAAUCAACAAAACCUCCCGCAUCCUGCAGUACCGUGCUGAAGACAUUUCCGUCAAACAUCCGUCUGACUUCAGAGACGUCGUUCUGUUCUCGUUUAAAAAGAAGAACAUCUUUAGCAAGAACAAGCUGCAGCUGUCUGUGUCUACAAGUGCAUGGUCAGAUGGCUUCUCCCUGGACACAGUGGGCAGUUACGGAUGUGUCCGCUGCCCUGACAAAAGCAUGGAUUACCUGGUGGGAGUCAGUAUCCAGAUGAGCAGUUUUAACCUGACACGAAUUGUUACUAUGAGUCCCUUCUACACACUGGUGAAUAAAUCUUCAUUUGAGCUUGAAGUUGGUGAGGUUCAGAACACAGGAGGUGGUGUUUGUGACAAGUGGCACUACAUCUCCUCCACAGAGUGUUUGCCUCUGUGGCCAGAGUCCAGUACAGGGAGCCUGUGUGUGCGAAUAGUUGGCUCGGACACUGCCUCCAAAUCCUUCCACUUCAACAAACAGGAUAAUGGAACCCUAUUGGUCAUGAACCCGUAUGGUGGGAUUAUUGUGGAUGUGAAUAUCUCUGACCACUCCACGGUCAUCAGUUUCACUGAUUAUUACGAUGGAGCAGCUCCUGCUCUUUUGGUUAACCACACUCCCUGGGUCAAUGUCCAGUUUCAACAAAGUGGUAGUGCGGCAUCACACGAGCUGAAGCCUGGGGAGGCACAGCACUUUGCAUGGGACAGCCCUGCUGGGGUCAGGAAACUCUGCUGGAGCUGCCGGGGUCACACUGGAGAACUGGACCUGGUCAAGGACGACUGUGGGCAGUUUCCGUAUGAUGACCUGGCUCAGGUGCACUGGGUUUCUUUUCUUGACGGUCGCCAGCGUGUUCUUCUGUUCACUGAGGAUGUAGCCGUGGUUUCAAAGGCACGACAGGCAGAAGAACUGGAACAGUUUGAACAGGAAGUGAAUAUUUCACUGCAGAACCUUGGGCUUUCUCUCAUCAACAAUGACAACAGACAGGAAAUAGCCUAUGUCGGCAUCACGAGCUCUGGAGUUGUUUGGGAGAUGAGGCCAAAGAACCGAUGGAAGUCUUUUAAUCGUAAGAACAUCACCCUGCUAGAAAAAGCCUAUCAGAGCUACGUUACAGGCAAAAGUGAACCAGGCUGGGUCCACAUAGAGGGCAACCUGGAGGUGAACUUUGGAAAGGCACCAAUGCAAAUGCGACAGCCUUACCCCUGUCCUAUUCGGAGAAACUUCCUUCCGGGGAUACAUGUCGAGCUGAAGCAGUCUCCACAUCAGAGGAGUUUACGAGCACAACUUCACUGGCUACAGGUGGAUAACCAACUUCCUGGGGCUAUCUUCCCCAUCGCGUUCCACCCAGUCCCUCCCCCCAAAUCUAUUGCUCUAGACUCAGAGCCAAAACCUUUCAUUGAUGUGAGUGUCAUCACCAGGUUUAAUGAGCACAGCCAGGUCAUGCAAUUUAAGUAUUUCAUGGCAUUAGUCCAGGAGAUGGCUGUGAAGAUUGAUCAGGGCUUUCUAGGGGCUAUCAUCUCUCUGUUCACCCCUGCUACAGACUCCCAAGCUGACAAACAAAAGACUAAACUGAUAGAGAGAGAUCUGGCAUCCCUGCAGACCCAGCUGAUGGAGAGUUCUCUGACAGACACUUCAGGCCUGAGUUUCUUUGAGCACUUCCAUAUUUCUCCCAUAAAGCUGCACCUGAGCCUGUCUCUAGGUUCUAGUGGGGAUGAUUCUGAACAAGGUGACAUGGUGGCCAUCCAGUCUGUUAACCUUCUGCUGAAGAGCAUUGGAGCCACACUCACUGAUGUGGAUGACUUGAUCUUCAAACUUGCUUUCUUUGAGGUCAAGUACCAGUUUUACCGCAGAGAGAAACUGAUGUGGGCAGUAAUCAAACAUUACUCUGAACAAUUCCUGAAACAGAUGUAUGUAUUAGUGUUGGGUUUGGAUGUGCUGGGGAACCCGUUUGGACUCAUCCGAGGCCUGUCAGAGGGAGUGGAGGCUUUCUUCUACGAACCCAUCCAGGGGGCUGUUCAAGGACCAGAGGAGUUUGCAGAAGGGUUUGUUAUCGGAGUUCGUAGCCUACUCGGGCAUACAGUCGGUGGUGCUGCAGGGAUGGUAUCUCGUAUAACAGGCUCAGUGGGGAAAGGCUUGGCUGCUAUCACAAUGGAUAAAGAAUAUCAACAGAAACGUAGAGAGGAAAUGAACAGACCUCCAAAAGACUUUGGAGAGAGUCUGGCUAAGGGAGGAAAGGGCUUCCUCAAGGGUGUGGUUGGAGGAGUUACUGGUAUUGUCACUAAACCUGUGGAAGGGGCGAAGAAAGAGGGGGCGGCGGGCUUCUUUAAGGGCAUUGGAAAAGGUCUUGUGGGCGUGGUCGCUCGACCUACAGGGGGCAUUGUGGACAUGGCCAGCAGCACAUUUCAGGGCAUUCAGAGGGUGGCAGAGUCCACAGAGGAGGUGACCAAGCUGCGUCCGGUCCGACUCAUCCAAGAAGAUGGCAUCAUUCGCCCAUACGACCAGCAGGAGUCAAAGGGCUAUGACCUCUUCCAGAGGUCAGAGAUCAAGCAGCUGGAUGGAGAGGUCUUCAGAGAGCACUAUGAAUACCCUGGUCAUAGAAAAACCAACAUCAUAGUCACCAACAGGAGAGUUAUGUGUGUGAAAGAGAUUGAUUUUGUAGGACACUUUAACAAAGAGUGGGAAUGCCAGUUUGAGUUUUUUUGUCAGCCACCCAGUGUGCAAGGAGGAGAUCUGAAGAUCUUCUAUAAGGAGCAGAAUAAACUGAAGAUUCCAAAGAAGGAUGGUUCAAGCCCAGGCAGAGUGAUCCAUAUGAAAGAUCCAGGCACUGCAGAGAAACUGCGAGAUGCCAUUCAGAAUGCCCAAGUGGCACGGCAGCAGCAUCAGAUGGCGCGGCAGAAAUCUCAGCGCUUCCUCAAGCCUUAAAACGCUGCCUGAGUUCAGUACCUCUGCUCUACAUAACACCCAUAAUGAAGACCAUACAACCCAACCCUGCAGCCCAUCCCUCCAGGACAGACCUGCUGUCUACAUAUGCAAGCCCAACCAUUACUGCUCAGCACUGCCCAGAGUUUACACACGUGCUAUGUUCGGCCAAACUGUCGAUCAAAUGUUUGAUAAUUGUACAGUUAUGUGGUUUUGUAGAGGUCAGUGUUGUGUUGUUUGGCCUUUAAAUGGCAACUGAGAAGAUGGUGAAAGUUUCACUGAAGUUUACUGUCUAAUCCUCCUCUUAGCUCAAAAAUAUUGUUGGCCAGGGUCCUUUUGCGUAUUUACAUGGUUAGGUUUAAGCACUUUACUUAAUAAGCACAGUUCAAAACAAAGAUGAAUGUAAGGUGCUUAUUCAUGAAAUUCCCUCCAAGGAGUGACAAAUGCACUAUGUUGUUUUCAGCAAUAUUUGAAUUGUUUGUCUGACAGAAACUAUUGGACCAAAGACACGAUUUCUCAUAUUAUUAAGUAUCACGCCCUGUACUGCAUUUUUUUCACUACUGCCGCUUUGAUAAUGAUGUCGAUAUUGAUAACGUUACCCUCAAAGAAAAAAGUGAUUCCUGAAAUAACAGUACAUGUAUUUUGGGAUCACAUGUCUAAAAUAAUCCCACACAUAUAAUAACUGAUAGCACUGUCAUAUUCCAAAUCUAUAACAUCACCUUCAAUAAAAUGUAAUAAGCAUAACUUCAAACUAUGAUACAAAAACUCUAAUUCUGCAUGUUUUUUGUGCAUG